CUGUCGAUUUCUUUUCUUUCUUUUUUUUUUUUUGUGAUAAAAAUUAGACGAUAAUUAUUAGGCUCGUUAAAUUAGGUUACGUAAAAAGAUUCUUUGUAGGUUUCGCGUUAUAAAGGAAAAAAGAAAAACAACUAGUAAAUUCUAGAAGAGAAGUGGGAUAUUAGAAAGGUUGAGUAGACGAGAACCACAACAACAAGUAGCAACCACCUGGCGAGGUAACUCCAGUCGGCCAGUGUCUUCCAGGUGCUUUCGAAACCCCCAGCUACGCGGCUGCUUACCUCCUGACGCAAUACAGUCGCCAUUAGUAGUAAAGAAUCGAGGACACCUCUUGGUUGAAACGAAAAGUAAUCGGUACGGUUAAGGAGUGUUAGGGAAGAAGGGAAAUUUUGUAAAGUGGUUCGAUCGAGGAACGGGGUUACGUCUGGGUUGCCAAAAGGGUAAGAAAAGGACUUGGUCGAAAAUUUUGUAGGUCGCGAAGGUCGAUCUAGACUUCCGCAGUGAUCGCAUCAUUUUCAAGGCGAUAAAGAAUAUCCGGCAUGGGCCAUUAACGGGAGAUUUGUUGGUUAAGAUUGCGCUUGACUUUUUCUUCGUUUUUCUUUCUUUUUUUCUUUUUUCUCUCUCUUAUUUCAUCGAUUUACGUAGACAGAUGUAUGAUGACUGAUGCGUAGAGUCGAAUAGGUAGGAACGCGUGUUCUUGACGAAGAAGAAUACGAAGAAGAAAAAGAAGAAACCGGAGGCGAAGUAGAAGACGAAGAUGAAGCAGAAGAAGAAGAAGAAGAAGAGGAAUAACAUAGAGCGUCAGGCUGUCGCGUCGGCGGUGUACGACAUCGACGCCGACGCCGCCGUCGGCGCGUAUAACGCCAGCGGGCAAAAGCGCGUUACCCCCAGUCGGUGGAGCGAGAGAGUCGCGACUAGUAGACGAGCUAGAGCUCGUGGUGACGGAUAAUAGAAAGAAAAAAAGAGAGAGAAAGAGAGACAGGAGAGAGAGAGAGAGAGAGAGAGAGAGAGAGAGAGAGAGAGAGAGAGAGAGAGAGAGAGAGAGAGAGAGAGAGAGUAGACAGACGUUGAGGACAGGCCAAUAUUAGCAAAUAUAUAAAAGAGAGAUAGAGCGAAAGAGAGGGAGAAAGAGAGUGAGAGAGGGAAAGAGAAAUAGAGUACUUUUGGAUAGUUUAUCUAGUGUAAAGGACACGGAACUGAUUGGACAGUAGGCAAUACCGUAUACCAGAGGUACUCGAUGCGCCGGUGCACCACCACCACCGCCAGCACCACCACUACUACCACCACUACCACCACUGCCAGCACAACCACCACCACCACCACCACUAUCAGCAGCAGCAGCAGCAAGCGAGCACGAUCAGCAUCGUAGCCACUGGCAGCACCGCCGUCGCGAGUCGCAGUCGCCACCGGCGCCACUACCGCCUCUACCACCGCCUCUAUAACCACCGCUCUUGGCAGUAGAGCCUCACAGAGACGUCCACCUCGUGGUCGUCGGCACUUCCUAGCGGACGGUGCUGGUGUCCGGGUGGGUUCUAGGACGCGCAUUAGAUCGAAGCAUAGAUAGAGAGAGAGAGAGAGAGAGAGAGAGAGAGAGAGAGAGAGAGAGAGAGAGAGAGAGAGAGAAGGUUGACAAUAGAAUAGAAGAUUAGGAGAAAGAGGUAAAGUCGGUGGUAGAAAAGGGAAAAGAGAAAGAGACGAUAGUAGGGGGUUUGAGUCAAGCAGCAAGUCUUGCUUCCCUUAAACGUCGCAUACACGCGUACCGAUGCGCAUCGUCGUUCGUCAUUCUCGGCGCUAAGGUUUUGCGACGCGCGCGAUAUUUCGUUUGGAGGGUUUCUUCCCUCCUCUCGGGAGUGCCGUCAACGGUUUUCUCGCGCGGGCUGCCGGUGAGGUAGGAGGUGGCGCGGAGGGCGAUCGCAGGGUCGUCGUCCUUGUCAUCCGCAGCGGCAGUAAGAGGAGGAGGAGGAGGAGGAAAAAGAGAGGAAGAAGAAGAGGAGGAGGGUCCAUCGGUCGAAGUGACGGUGCAUGGUGAAGUGUCGCGAGCGGAGCGGUGUCGUCUCGUCGAGGAGUCGGAGGGGAGGAGGAGGUGGUGGAGGAGGAGGAGGAGGUGGCGGAAGUAGGCGAGAGAGUAGUCGCAGGGGUAAGGAUAAGGGUGGUAUCGGGCCGAGCCAAAGCCGCGAGUCGUCGUGGUGAUGCCUCGCAUCGGCGGGUCCUCCAGGUCGCAGGGUGUCGUCGCAGGUGCGCUCGAGUCGCGCUCGCCCUCACCGACGACGCGGAUACGCUGACGAGUGCAGCCCACGGUGGCACGGCAGUCGUCGCCGCUCCUGCAGGCCAUGUAUUACGGCCCGGUAAUCGACCCUACCGGCAGCAGCUGCAGUGCCAGCGACCACCACCGGCGGCAACGCGACCACCACCACCACCACCAUUACGAUCACCAUCAACAGCACCAACACCAACAUCAUCGUCGUCCUCAACAAUAUUAUCAUCAUCAUCAUCAGCAUCAUCGGCAUCGUCAUCGGCUCCUUCCGAGUCCUACCACAAAUUCGGACAGCACGGAGGACGAGCCGGCUUACGUCCUGUUACUUCGUUCGCCCAAAAGACCAGCUGCUGCCUCCUGCUGUCACACAGCAAGGAGACCGGGCAGAAGACGACGCGACGGUGGACAUGCCGUCAGGAUAUUCCUCGUCGCUACCGCCGCUGCCUUCCUCGCCCUCGCCGUCUCACCGGUGUCCGGUACGUCGAACAAAAAAGAGGAAGAGACGACGGUGGUGGCCACGUCGGUUGGAGUCACGGAGGAAAGCGGUGUCCUAGGCACGACAAGGUCCAAGCCAGGAAACGAUCCUGGAGGAGGUAUAGACUUAUUAGCAGCCCUGCAGCUGCACAAUACUACGCGGCAGGGUGUCACGCAGGUACCGGGACUGGUUAGACUGAAGGCAGCUUAUUAUCUUCAGGGCGAGGAGAGAGAGCUCCGACUCAGCGAGGCAAGUUUCAAACGAGCGGCUGCACUACUCCGGCGGGUUCCGGAAUUUACUAUAGCUGCUGCUUUACGCCAGGAGGAGGCCAAUUCCGGAACUAUCGUCGCCUUUUCACACGGGAACAAUAGAUAUUUGGAGCUGCAGAGCAGCGGGCGCAAGGACGAAUUACGACUUCAUUAUGUAUCACGCCGUGACGGGAGUGUUCACGUCGAGGCAUUUCCUUUUCGACUGGCCGACGGCGCCUGGCACAGGGUUGCCCUGAGUAUAAGCGGCUCGCAGGUCGAGCUACUCGUCGACUGUCACCCUCUUUACAGGCGAUUACUCAGGCCAGGUCCACCAGACACUAAUUUCACUCUACCGCAGCUCCAACUCUGGAUUGGUCAGAGAAAUGCCAAGCACUUUCUUUUCAAGGGUGCUUUGCAGGACGUCAAGCUGGUACCAGGACCCCAUGGAUAUCUCUCGCAAUGUCCUCAGCUCGAUUCGUCCUGUCCGACCUGCGGACAAUUUUCUAUGCUCCAGAAUACCGUCGAACAGCUCAUGCACAAUCUCAACGAGUUAACGCGUAGGCUAGCCGCUGCAGAGGGCAGAAUAAACAAGGUCGAAGAGUGCGAGUGCCAAAAAUCUUGCAGGGCAAAUGGUACAGUUCACGAGGAUGGUGCGACCUGGGAAAAAGGUUGCCAACAAUGUUCUUGCGUUCAUGGUGAAAUCGAGUGUAGGCCUACACCCUGUGCUCCUGUCACCUGUAAAAAUCCAGUCAUUCCUCAGGAACAAUGCUGCCCGAUUUGUUUAAAACAAUGUUAUCUUCACGGUGUGAUCUAUGAUCAUGGCGUGAAGGUCUCACCAAAGCAGUGCGUCGAAUGCGACUGCUACGACGGUAGCUUCACCUGUCAAAGGUUCGACACAGAAACGAGAUGUCCACCACUGCCGUGUCCGCCCAGCGAACAAAUCAGCGUUGCUGAGGAAUGUUGCAAGUACUGCCCAGGGGUGGACUACUGCGCGAAGGGCCACAAGUGUCAUGCUAACGCGUCCUGCCUGAAUCUCCAGACGACCUACGCCUGCCACUGCGAUAUCGGUUUCCAGGGGGAUGGUCAUAACUGUCACGACGUGGACGAGUGUAAGCAGCAAGGUGGAUCGGAAGGUCAUCAUUGCAACGCCAAUACCAGAUGCGUCAACGUGAUCGGCUCUUAUACGUGCGAGUGUCUUCCUGGUUAUCACAGAGUCGACAAAUUCAAUUGCGCUGAGUUGGACGAGUGCGUUACGGGACAUCACACGUGUGACGAGCACGCGACGUGCGUUAACACUGCCGGCAGUUACUACUGCGUUUGCAAGGACGGUUAUGCCGGCGAUGGGCACACGUGUAAACCUAUUUGCAAUCAGACUUGCCAAAAUGGUGGAGAAUGCGUAGCACCGGGUCGGUGUUCUUGCCGAAGGGGAUACAUCGGUAACAGCUGCGAACUCGACUUGGACGAAUGCGCCAGCGAUCUUCACAGAUGUCAUCAAUCAUCGAGUUGCUUCAAUAUGCCCGGUUGGUAUUAUUGUCGCUGUAAACCCGGUUAUAGAAGCGCCCUACACGACAGCACACAGGGCACUCAAUGUCUCGACAUCGACGAAUGCAACGACCAUACGAUCGAGAGGAGGCACACGUGUCAUCCCAGCGCAAAAUGCGUCAACACCGAGGGUGGUUACGCGUGUGCCUGUCCAAGGGAGGAUAACAACACGGACGAAGAAUGUAGAUUGAGUUGUUGGUUCGAGGAUAGAGAAGUUGCAAACGGCGAUACAUUGGCACCAGCGGGGAAUCCAUGCAGACGUUGCACAUGCAACGACGGCGUGAUAACCUGCAGAGAACCAAUAUGCGAUUGUAGCCUUCCUGGAAGUCGAAAGGACAAAUGUUGUCCGCAGUGCGACCCUGCUGCGUCCUGCAGACAUCAGGAACUUCAUCAUUUGGUCUUUAGAAGCGGGGAGCGUUGGAUAUACCAGUGUCAAACAUGCGAGUGCCUGUAUGGCGAGAUCGAUUGUUGGCAAAUGGAGUGU